AUGGAGAUCAUCAUCAAAACUGUAGCGGGGAAAAAGUUCUUCAUUUACGCCGAGGGUAGCAACACAAUCUUUGAUGUAAAGUCAAAAAUAUACGACAGGGAGGGAAUACCACCAGACCAGCAGAGACUAAUCUUUGGUGGGAGGCAAAUAGUGGAUGAGUAUACCUUGGAUGACUACAAAAUCGACAAGGGUCCUCUCUUCCUUGUUUUAAGGUUGCGAGGAGGAAAUCCAACACUACAAGAUGUUGCCUUGGAGGGGAUUGAAAGUGCCAAGCGUAAACUACUUCAAAUUGAAUCAUUUGUGUUAUUAACACCAUUCUUGCAAGCCUUUCUUGCUGUUUUUGGAUCGUUCAGGCAUCGGUCUCACAACAGAAUGCUCCAGUUCUUUAUAUGGAUAGCAUAUGUUCUGUCCACCUUCUUAAUAUCCUACACCAUUGGCAUGAUGCUAUCUGCUUCUUUCCAUAACGGAUUGUUUCCCAUAUGGGCAGUCCUUUUGUGCAUUGUCCUCGGAGGUACUGCUUCCAUAUCUGCUUACAGUAUUGGAGACAAUGAGUCUCAAAAGAAAUUUAAUUUUGAUAUUCUAGUCCGAGCCUUUUCAGUUAUGUGGUUCCUUGUUAUGAAAGGCAGUGAAGUAUUUACGUUCCCUUUGUAUCUCUUUUUGAUUCUGACUGCGAUCAAGACUUGGGAGAGGUCACGAGCUCUAAGAUCAGCUAGCAAAAUGGACGGGUUGGCAAAAGAGACAAAGUUGAUUGCAGAUUUCAUGAACUAUGAGCACAAGUUAAGAAAAGCAGGUGAAGUACUAGAUCCUACUUCCAUGGCAGGAUACAAGUACCUGGUGCGAGGGGAGGAUGAGAAUAAUGUGAAAGUUGUGCCACCACUCUACCAAAAGCGCCUUGAGAUUACAGAAGAAGUUAUCACAAUUGAGAAGAUAUGGCAGUGCAAAGGUCAGCUUCUAUGCUCUGGCACGGGAGACCCAGAUGGGCAACUUAAGGACAUUUGCCUCUCUUUCGCAUUGUGCAAGCUAUUCUGCUGUAGAUUUGCUGGAUACACAUUGCUCGAGCGCUCUCAAGAAAAGUUAACGCUUCUAACUCGUUCUGGUUUGCUUGCUUAUGGUAGCGAUUAUGAAAGACCAUUCAGAGUGAUUGAGGUGGAACUGGCAUUUCUUCAAGAUUUUUUGUACACAAAGUACCCCAUUAUUUUUCGACGCGGUCUCCCAAUCUAUAAAAUUAUUGAGCUUAUCAUUUUCAUGGUUGGUUGUUGUGUCGCAACAUCCGAGCUAAAGAACUAUCAAGCACCAGAUGGAUAUUUAAGCCUUCACACAGGUGCUGGCUGGAGAAUCGAUGUUGUUGUAACUACUGCAAUGAUAUGGGUAAUUUUUCUUACUGAAAUCAUGGAGCUUCUCUUUAUUUUAUUUUCAAAUUGGACUAAAAUGACAUUGAUAUCUGAUUAUGUCCGAAAACCGGCAUGGCAGAAGAACAAGUUUGUAGAAAAAGUAAUAGAAUUCAUAUGCAACAGACAAUGGUUAAGUCCAUGGGGGAGAGUGCUUGGCCAAUACUCUCUUCUUGAAUCCUUUGAUCAUAACCCCAGCAAGUUCCUGUACAAUUCUUUUACUGCUGCUUUUAUGGACAUUCCUUGCAAUGGUCAAAAAGAAAGGACUCCUAUCAAGUUGCCUGUGGAAGUGAAGCAACAAGUUUCUCAUACUCUAAACUUAACAGGUCGUCGAGUAGCAAAUGGUUUUACAUCAUUGAAUCGAAAUGGAGUCGCUCACAAGCUUGGCUGGGCUUGUAAACUUGAGUCACCUGUUCAUGUCAUUAUGGUAUGGCAUAUAGCCACCACCCUUUGUGAAAUAGAUUCUUCAAUAGGAGCCAAUCCAGAAGUGCAAAGAGAAAAAGAUUUUGUUGUGGCAGCUAGCUUGUCCAAGUACUGUGCCUAUUUGGUUGGAUUUUGUCCAAGAUUGUUACCAGUUCAUGCUUAUUCCGCGAAAUUUAUUUUCGAUCAGGUAGUUUGUGAAGCAAGGGAAGAUCUCAAUGGAUGUUACUCUAUGAAGAGUAGAUACGACGAAAUGAUUCUCUUAGCGGAACGUGAUCCUGAAGAAAGUACUAUAAUGAGAAGGGGAGCUGUGCUUGGUAAAAGACUGAUGGAAAUAAUUGAAGACUCACCACAAAGAUGGAAAAUUUUGGCUGAAUUCUGGGCAGAGCUGAUGCUGUUUUUGGCAAUCUCAGGUGAUGAAACAGCUCAUGCUGAACACCUAGUCAAAGGUGGAGAAUUUGUGACACACUUGUGGGUUUUGCUGCAACAUGCCGGCGUACUCGAGCAAGAAACAGCAGAACAGGAUGUUUGA